CCUGAGCAUCUUGUGUUUUGUUCUCUUUACUACUUUAUAUUCAUCUGAAUGGUUAGUUGCAGGUCGGAAGAUUGUCAUGGACGAUCAUUCAUCCUAAUAAUCUGUAUGUCUAUGGGCAGCUUUAACAAACAAGGUUGACACAGGUGCCAUAAAGAUUGUAUCAUCAUGUCUGAGAACCCCCUUCCAGGUAUGCACAUUGUUCCUGCCACUGCCAGCGAUUAUAAAGGGUUAAUGUCCAUCUCAAAGGGAAUAUAUAGGGGAGUGGAUCCUCUGCCUUUCAAGUACCGUGAGUGGUUGGCAGAUCCUCAGCGGAAGAUGUUUGUGGCCAAGGCUGAAGGAAAAGUGGUGGGCUUUUCUUUGUUUGUGCUGAUAGAUGGUGGUACAACGGCUGUGUUCGAUUGUCUUCGUAUUGCCCCCGGGAUGAGAGGCCACGGGAUAGCCAGGGAAUUGCAGCAAUAUUGUCUAGACUACGGAUGGUCCAAGCACCUGGAGGUCAAAACAAUUCUCUUUAUGGAAGAAAGUGAAACAGCAAAGAGAGUACUGACACAAUACCAACAAGUUCAUUCUAAGGCAAUUAUCUCAGUACUAAUUCCCCAUGACCAGAUGGAGGAAAAGAUAAAGCUGCUGGAGCACCGGCUGGAGAGUCUGGGUGGGAGAAGACCUGUUGUUGUUGCCCUGAGUCCUUCUGAGGUUCUACAUCUGUUUGAUAAUCCCAAUACUACAGAGGAGCUGCUUCCCAAGGGGCUCCUCAUCCAAAGUUGGAUUCCUUACUCCACCUGCAGAUCAAACUUAGAGUUGUUGUUGAGAAGGGGAGUUGUCUGGUUUUAUUCCCAACCCUCCUCCAUCUCCCCCAGAUCCAAUGAGAUCUGUAUUGGUACACCUAUAUCUAAAUUCAGCACCCGUGAUUCUUGUAAUACACACCAGGAACCUUCUGCAUCCAAUCCAGUGCCUCUUCCCCACUCAUCUAGUCAACCAAGCCCUCUCCCUUGUACCUCCUCUCAUUUCCUUAGCUUGGGCUGCUCUCCGUUCCCUGUGCCUCUAGGGAAUGGCACAUACUGUUUUGAGAUUGAUUUAUUUGGAACUGAUCCUACAUCUGCCCAAACCCAUGUCCUACACCAGCUGAUUGAGAUGCAACGAGUGUUGCCAUCAGGGGCCACUGUUGUUUGCUACUUGUUUGCUGAGAAGAGUCUGCGUGAUGAACUAACUCAGUUUUGCCAGGGGUUAGAGCCUUUUAAUGAAGUAACAGAACAACAUGUGUUAGAGACAAAGGAUUGUACAAUAAUUCCUAAAUGCUGUUUGUAAGUAAUACAAUUCCCUAUAUCCUGCCUCAGUAAUUAUUGAAAGAAUUCAAAUUAUACAAUCCUGCAGAAGCAUAUUUUCAAUAAGGCUUUGGGAGGCUAAGCCUCCCCAAAACUGCCUGGCACCCUAAUAAAAUGUAAAAUAAACUUGCUCCCUUACUGACCUGCA